CCUCUCCUUUUCAUCAAACUUUCUGCACACAAAAAAUAUCCUUAAGAUACAGAAGAACGAAAGGAAAAUGCUGGCAGUAUCCCCUUCUUUGUUUUCAGCAACCUAUGGAUGGCCCUUGGAGGAUCUCUUUGCCCAAAAUCUUCAACAUGAUUUCCAUGAUAUUUCUACAGAAGUUGAAACAAAUUCAUAUCAUUCCCUUCUUGAUAUUCGUAGAGAUGAUCAAAACCAGUAUGAUUUUACACCAGACAAUUCCAUUUCUUCUCAAGGAGCUGUAAAUUGCAGUGUUCGUGAUCCUAUGAAGCUCACCAAAAAGCUAAACCAUAAUGCAAAUGAAAGAGAUCGUCGUCAGAAGAUUAAUAACUUGUAUGCAUUUCUUCGUUCAGUGCUCCCCAUGUCAAGUGAUCAAAAGAAAAAGGUGAGCAUCCCUGGCACUGUAUCAUGUGCGCUGAAAUACUUACCUAAACUACAAACGGAAGUGGAGGCGUUGAGAAGAAAAAAAGACAGGCUUUUGUCUUGUUCAGAUCAUUUAGAGAUCAAAAACCAAUGUCCUAAAGAAGCUACAAUUCAAAAAAUAUGUUCAGUCGUUGUGUCUGUGUGUGUCCUUGAUGAGAAAGAAGUUGUGAUCCAGUUGAUUUCUUCUAAUGAUCAUUUGAAUAAGAACACUGGGAUUGCCUUCUUGUCUAUGGUUUUGGAAUACUUAGAGGAGGAAGAAGAUGGGAUUUUUAUGCUAAAUGCAACUACCUCCAAGUGUCUUGGAGAAGAAAGGUUCUUAAACACUCUUUACCUUCAGGUGCAAAGCGAUCUUCAAAUAGAAGCUGAAAAGUUGAAGGAGAAGAUCUGCUCUCUCUACCAACAAUCACGUGAAGUUUUACUCUAACUAUCAUGUGUACGUUGCAAAAAUAUCUAACUAGAAAUUCGAAGCCUGCAGUUAUUUGUAACUUAAUCUGUGGUCAAGAAGACACUAAGAGUGUAAUGUUAUUCAUGUAGAUACUAGUAUCACUGAGGAAUGAUAGAUAGCAAGAAGUUAAUUUUGUUAGUUGCAUUGUUUUGUAAACAUGCAGAACGUCGGUGACCCAUAAGCAAAUAUUAUGGAUAAACACGAUCUGAAUCAUAUAUCUGUAUAAUGAUUGUGACUUCAAAGUGAAUUUCACUCUAAUGGUUGAAAC